AUGGUUCGCUAUUCGAACCAUCCCUUGUUCUCCACCGUCGAAACAAGGCCUACACUGCGCCUCUUGAACACCGGCGAAGUGUCCCACCUGAGCUUCUUGCAGAUAUUGUUGAGCACGCUUAAACAUGAAGCAGCUAACCGCACUAAGGAAUAUGCCACAAGGGAAGCAAGCAUAUCUGGGUUCGGAACAAUGUAUUCUCUACUUCGGUGCACGCAGGACCUAUCAUCCCAAGAUUGCAGAAUUUGUCUGAGUGCUGUGAUUGGAGACCUUUCAACAUGGUGCUGUUUGGGAAAACAAGGAGGAAGAGUUCUAUGGGUUGCAACGUUCGCUAUGAGUUAUAUCCUUUUUGUAAGUCUGAUGAUCAGCCAGAAGCGACAGCGCCUACACUGCCUGCACUUUCUCCUCCAACAAGUUCUUCAGAUCCUCAAGCAUCCUUUACUAUUUUCUGUGUGUCUAGUUGGAAAUGAAAGCCAUAAUUUAGAGCCUCUACAAUUUGGUUUGGCCACUAUUGAAGCUGCAACAAAUAAGUUUUUUCAUGAAAAAUGUUUAGGCCAAGGUGGAUUUGGACAGGUUUACAAGGGUGUUCUUUCAAAUGGUCAAGAAUUAGCUGUCAAGAGACUUUCAAAAAAUUCUGGUCAAGGUGGAGAAGAAUUCAAGAACGAGAUUUUAUUGAUUGCCAAACUUCAGCACAUAAACUUGGUGGCCUUGCUUGGAUUUUGCAUAGAAGAACAAGAGAAAAUCCUUGUUUAUGAAUAUGUUCGGAACCUUGACUAA